AUGUUUUAUUCGUAUGUUAGUCAUGAUAAAUCCUUAUUUUAUAAAAUAUUAUAUUGUAGAAAAUAUUCACAUUCAAAUAUCUUCAAAUUGCUAACGUUAGCUAGCAAGCUAGCUGUCUAAACUCAUUUAUAAAUGAAUGCAGCCCUUACCGUGGUAUAUUGCCCAUAUACCACAAACCCCCGAGGUACCUUAGUGCUAUUAUAAACUGUUUACCAAAGUAAUUAGAGCAGUAAAAAUACAUGUUUUGUCAUACCCGUGUUAUACGUCCGUAUACCACGGCUGUCAGCCAAUCAGCAUUCAGAGCUCUAACCACCCAGUUUAUAACAGACCUAUACCACUGGUAUGACAAAACAUUUUUUGGAACUUAGUAGUGAGUGUUGCAACCAAGGACAGACGAUUUGUAGGUGUUACGCGCUUCAGCACUCAUCCUGUGAGUUUGUGUGGCUUACCACAGUUGACCAGGGCAGCUCUAGCAGGGACGAAAUUUGACGAUCUGACUUGUUGGAAAGGUGACAUCCUAUGACGGUGUCACGUUGAAAGUCACUGAGCUCUUCAGUAAGGCCAUUCUACUGCCAAUGUUUGUCUAUGGAGAUUGCAUGGCUGUGUGCUCAAUUCUAUACACCUGUCAGCAACAGGUGUGUCUGAAAUAGCCAAAUCCACACAUUUUAUUUAUGUAUGUAUAUAUAUAUAUAUAUAUUUUUUUUUUGUACCCCAUUUUUCUCCCCAAGAGGCGAAGGUCGAUAGCCAUGUGUCACAAACACAACCCAGCCAAGCCGCACUGCACGCUUAAAACGGGAAUGUACACGACCAUGUCAACGUGCAUGUGCCCGGGCCGCCACAGGAGUAGCUAGAGCACGAUGGGACAAGGACAUCCCGGCCGGCCAAACCCUCCCCCAACCCAGGCGAUUGGGGCCAAUUGUGCGGCGCCUCAUGGGUCUCCCGGUCGCGACACAGCCCGGUAUCGAACCAGGAUCUUUAGUAACGCAGCUAGCACAGCCUUAGACCGCUGCGCCACUCGAGAGGCCCGAAUCCACUCAUUUGAAGGGGUGUCCACAUACUUUGUCACCUUAUGGGCACGUUUUACCAGACCAUCCACAUGCUUGGGCAUGGGAUCAAACCUGUCUACGCUUUUGAUGGCAAGCCCCCACAGCUGAAGUCACAAGAGGGGAGCAGGAGAACAUUGACAAGUUCACUAAGCGUCUGGUGAAAGUUACCCGGCAGCACAACGACGAGUGCAAGAAGCUGCUCACCCUAAUGGGGGUGCCAUACAACAAGGCUCCAUGUGAGGCAGAGGCGAGCUGCACUGCUCUGGUUAAGGCGGUAGUCGCCACGGCAACAGAAGAUACAGACAGCCUGACAUUUGGAGCAGGGAUCCUACUGAGGCACCUCACCCCCAGCGACGCAAAAAGCACCCUGCCCCAGAGGACUGCCUGUAUAAGGAGUCCAGAGGUCUGUUCCUGCAGCCUGACAUUGUGGACUGCUCCACAGUAACCUCAAGUGGAGCGAGCCCAACAAGGACACCCUUAUCCAGUUCAUGUGUGCAGAGAAACAGUUCAGUGAGGACUGCAUCAAGAACAGCUGUAAGAAGAUGAUGAAGAGCCGACAAGGCAGCACACCGGGAUGACUGGACUCUAUUCACCAUCAUUGGCUCUCUGAGAGAGAAACCUAUACAUAUUCAAUGCAUUUCAGUGCCUUUAAACAGGGUGUAGUAGUAGGUGCCAGGCACACCGGUUUGAGUGUGUCAAGAACUGCAACGCUGCUGGGUUUUUCACACUCAACAGUUUCCUGUGUGUAUCAAGGACAUUCAGCCAACUUGACACAACUGUGGGAAGCAUUGGAGUCAACAUUCAACUCAAUAUUAGGAAGAUGUUUAGUACACUCAGUGUAUACCAUACCUCAUCUAUGUUUGAUUAAUAAAAAAUAUUGUCCACACCAUACUGUAUCCAUAUUAAAAUAAUUCUCGCUACUUCCUCCUUUUUAUUUAGGAAUAGACUUCAAAGAGGAAGUCAAGCAAGGAAAGAGGAAGUUGAGGAGUGUGCGUGAUAAUUAGACAACUACAAUUACAGUGUCUAGCCAAGUCUGUUCUUCAUGUUGAAAAUGUGAGAAUGGGGUAGUGGUUAACGUAUUCCAAGUAAACUAGCAAGUUUUAUUAACAUGCUUUUUUCUUGAAUAAAAGUAAUAGUGAAUUUUGUAUUUUGAUUUAUAUUUUUCCAAAUCCCACAUGCAUUCCCAUUAAAGCCCGGAGAUAUAGGACGGUUAGAUGGUUCUAUUGACAAAAGCUUUGUUUGAUGCAUUUUUUGUUGUUUAAUUCUUCAUGACGGAAACAAAUUGUGGAAGGUUUAAUAGAAAGGGGAUUUUUCAAAUAUUAGCAUAUACACAUUUGCGUGCGCUGUUUCACAUCUGAUUAGGACGCCCAGCACAUUAAGGCCCAGUGCAGUCAAAAAUUUGAUUUCCCUGUGUUUUAUGUAUACAUUGAGUGUAUAAACAUUAUAAACAUUAUUAACACCUGCCUUUUCCAUGACCUAGACUGACAAGGUGGGUCCAGGUGAAAGCUAUGAUCCCUUAUGGAUGUCACUGGUUAAAUCCACUUCAAUCAGUGUAGUUAGAGGGGUGGAGACAGGUUAAAUAAGGAUUUUUAAGCCUUGAGACAAUUAAGAAAUGGAUUGCGCAUGUGUGCCAUAAAGAGGUUGAAUGGGCAGGACAAGAUUUAAGUGCCUUUGAAUGGGGUAUGGGAAAGGGAAAGGGGGAUACCUAGUCAGUUGUACAACAAUGCAUUCAACUGAAAUGUUCAGGAGCAGAAUUACAGAUUUUUUACCUUGUCAGCUCGGGGAUUCAAUCCAGCAACCUUUUGGUUCCUGGCCCAACGCUCUAAUGGUAGUAGGUGCCAGGCACACCAGUUUGUGUCGAGAACUGCAACACUGCUGGGUUGCACCCAAAAGACAUCUAACCAACUAGAUACAACUGUGGGAAGCAUAUAGAGUUAGCAUCCUUGUUAAUUGCUUUCGACACCUUGUAGAGUCCAUGCCCUGACAAAUUUAGGCUGUUCUGACAGGGACGGGGGGAUAUUGCCCUUUUAAUGUAAGAGCUUUUUGAAAAGACUGCCUGAAGUUUCUGCCUGCUUUUGGUGGAAUGGAGUUUUGGCCAGUCUGGUGACAUCACCAGUCGGUAAACUACUUAAAAUACCAAUCAGAGAGUUCUAAACCUCUCUGCCAGUAACAGCUAGUUUUCCAUCUUCCACUCCCCACUCAGACCACACCUGACAGUCCUAGCAAAAUUCAUGCUUGAGAAAUUGCUCAUGCUAAGAAGCUAUUUUUGUUUAUUUCUGACCAUUUGAAUUGAAAACAAUCACAGAAAGAGCAAACUCGUGUUAAAUGCCUUGCUCAAGGGCACAUCAACAGUUUUUCACCUUGUCGGCUCUGGUAUUCUAACCAGCAACCAUUCGGUAACUGGACAAACAGUCUAAACGCUAGGCAUAGUAAUAGGAAGUAUGUGACUGAUGCGACUCAAUUUAAUUAUAACACUUUUGUUUAUCAGAAACCACUACGGGUGCGUGAUAGCUUCUCCUUUCCUGUGGAUGGUUUUCAUGAUUGUAAGGUAAGUGUUUGACUUUUUCACAAUCUUAUUUUUUAAUUUUAGUGUUCAAAUUAAAUGAAGGAAAUUCAUUGCAAGUAAUGAGAUUUAAAAUGUUCAAAGUACUGCUGAUAGUUCAUGUAUUUGCUUCAAAACUGAAAUACCUAUUUGAUAUGAGCAUUGGUGUAAAGUACUUAAGUAACAAUAGUUUUUUUUUAGGUAUCUGUACUUUACUAUGUAUAUUUUUGACAAUUUUACUAAACUACAUUCCUAAAGGAGAUAAUGUACUUUUUAUUCCAUGCAUUUUCCCUGACAUGCAAAAGUACUUGUCAAAUUCACGCAUUAUCAAAAGAACAUCCCUGUUCUAUCCUACAGCCUCUGAUCUGGCAGACUCAUGAAACACAAAUGCUUUGUUUGUAAAUUAUGUCUUGAGUGUUGGAGUGGGCCUCUGGCUAUUUGUAAAUUAUGUCUCAAGUGUUGGAGUGGGCCUCUGGCUAUUUGUAAAUUAUGUAUUGAGUGUUGGAGUGGGCCCCUGGCUAUUUGUAAAUUAUGUCUCAAGUGUUGGAGUGGGCCUCUGGCUAUUUGUAAAUUAUGUAUUGAGUGUUGGAGUGGGCCUCUGGCUAUUUGUAAAUUAUGUCUCAAGUGUUGGAGUGGGCCUCUGGCUAUUUGUAAAUUAUGUAUUGAGUGUUGGAGUGGGCCCCUGGCUAUCUGUAAAUUGUGUCUUGAGUGUUGGAGUGGGCCCCUGGCUAUAUGUAAAUUAUGUCUUGAGUGUUGGAGUGGGCCCCUGGCUAUUUGUAAAUUAUGUCUCAAGUGUUGGAGUGGGCCUCUGGCUAUUUGUAAAUUAUGUAUUGAGUGUUGGAGUGGGCCUCUGGCUAUUUGUAAAUUAUGUCUCAAGUGUUGGAGUGGGCCUCUGGCUAUUUGUAAAUUAUGUAUUGAGUGUUGGAGUGGGCCCCUGGCUAUCUGUAAAUUGUGUCUUGAGUGUUGGAGUGGGCCCCUGGCUAUAUGUAAAUUAUGUCUUGAGUGUUGGAGUGGGCCCCUGGCUAUUUGUAAAUUAUGUCUUGAGUGUUGGAGUGGGCCACUGGCUAUCUGUAAAUUAUGUCUUGAGUGUUGGAGUGGGCCCCUGGCUAUUUGUAAAUUAUGUCUCGAGUGUUGGAGUGGGCCCCUGGCUAUCUGUAAAUUGUGUCUUGAGUGUUGGAGUUGGCCCCUGGCUAUCUGUAAAUUAUGUCUUGAGUGUUGGAGUGGGCCACUGGCUAUCUGUAAAUUAUGUCUUGAGUGUUGGAGUGGGCCACUGGCUAUCUGUAAAUUAUGUCUUGAGUGUUGGAGUGGGCCACUGGCUAUCUGUAAAUUAUGUCUUGAGUGUUGGAGUUGGCCCCUGGCUAUCUGUAAAUUAUGUCCUGAGUGUUGGAGUGGGCCACUGGCUAUCUGUAAAUUAUGUCGGAGUGUUGGAGUGGGCCACUGGCUAUCUGUAAAUUAUGUCGGAGUGUUGGAGUUGGCCCCUGGCUAUCUGUAAAUUAUGUCUUGAGUGUUGGAGUGGGCCACUGGCUAUCUGUAAAUUAUGUCGGAGUGUUGGAGUUGGCCCCUGGCUAUCUGUAAAUUAUGUCGGAGUAUUGGAGUGUGCUAUCUGUAAAGCUAUCUGUAAAGAAAAAAAGAAAAGUGUGCUGUCUAGUUUGCUUAAUAUAAGCAAUUUUAAAUUAUUUAUACUUUAAAGUAUCUUUACUUGUACUGAAGUACAAUUCUGUACUUUUUCCACCACUGGAUACAGGGAUGGUUCAAUGCAAUACAUCUCUAAUCCUGAUAAUGCCAUGAUUAAGAAUGAAUCAUGAACAAUGAUGAGAAAGGAAGUUAAGGGCUACAUCAAAACACCCACAUGAAAAAAAUACUAUAGUAUCCACUGGAGUGUUUUUGCAGACGUUACUGUAGUAUGUAAUGUCUUUACAGACUAAGUCUUGAGAUAAAAUGAUAAAAAUGUUCCAUAACCUGUUGGUCGGUAGGACUGGGAUCUAAACAGAUAGUUCAGCGGUUCUGCUCUUUUCUAUAACCUGUAAAGAACACAAUACAUGCUCUAGACUUGGCAUGUAGGUCUUUCACUUAUGGGUGGCACAAAUUGGGAUAUGGGAGAGGGGAGUGGGCAGGGUAUAUGCAAAAUAAAUACUGUAGUAUUUACUAUAGUUUUAAAAAACUGUACUGUUUUUGCGGAAUGUAGUGAUUUUUGGGACAUUAUUGUAAUAUUUACUACAGUGUUUUUGUCACGACUCCUACCGAAAGUGGCUCCCCUUCCUGUUCGGGUGGCGCUCGGCGGUCAUCGUCACCGGCCUACUAGCUGCCACUGAUCCUUUUUCCCCCCUUGUCUAUUUAUUAGUUGCACCUGUGUUUAGUUAGGUUAAUUGGUUGGUCUUUAUUUACCAGCCGGCCCGCCUGCUGGUUGUGCGGGAUUAUUUUCAGUGUACGAUUGUACACGACUGUAAGUCACGAUUGUGUGUGUGUGUGUGUUGCUGAACUGUUUAGUUCCCCAUGUUUGGGGCAUUUGUUUGGGUUGGCGUCGU